AUCAUGCUGCCUCGCUCGCUCAUCAUUCCUCUCAACCUAUUUCAUUUAGAUCAUCAUCCUCAAUUCGGUAGCUGGAAAACAUCAUCCCAAGGUUCCGUCCCAACUAGUCGCUCGUUCGUGCGCAAUUUAACGAGGGUCAAGCAGUGAUUCUCGGAAAAGACCACGUUCUAGCCAAUUCGAACCGAUAGAGUGGAGAGCUACCAGCACAAACUACAGUAUCAUCCACAAGCCAUAACACUUCACGACCAUGGCCCAUCAUACCUUUGAAGAACUAGCCGAGCGGAUCGUCUAUUCCGAUAAAUAUGCCGAUAGCGCUUUCGAAUACAGGCACGUCAUCCUGCCAAAACAGAUGCUGAAAAUGUUACCAAAGCAAUACUUCCAAGAUAACGAUACCGGGCUCUUGCGGAUAUUAUCCGAAGCCGAAUGGAGAGGGAUCGGAAUCACGCAGAGUUUGGGCUGGGAGCAUUUCGAAGUACAUGCGCCCGAGCCUCAUAUCCUACUCUUCCGACGAGAGAUCGAUUAUCAAGUCAAGUACCCGCAGGGUAAACCUGCCGAUCUAGCGGCCCUGAACCGAGCCAAGGCUGAAGCAGCGGCCCGAGGCAACGGACGAGCCUAGACUGGUCGAGGACAGACGAUCUGUCACCCCUCGCCUCGUCAUCCAGACGGCCUCUUUCUCUUCGAUUUCCUAAUCUUGGGCAGCCACACAGCUUUAUUCCUCAUACUCUCUCUUUCUCACUCGGUCAUUAUAUGUGUGAUUCACCCUCGUUGUAAAGAUUUGGCAUAUAUACAAACAAGAGCAAAA